ACACCCCAUUCUUGACGCUGUAAAAGGAUCCGGUAAAGAACAACAGUCACCAUUAGCUUCUCGAAUUAUUUAUUCUACUCAGCUCACAUUCUGAGGAGCUGGUUUUAAAGAACGACAAGGCUGUAAAAUGCAGAACUUCAAUAUGAGUUGGUUGAGCAAUUGAGGUUUGAGAAAUAUAUUGGAAUGGAUUUUCAUAAGCAUAGCAGUGAAGUACUGCCAGAAAGAAGAGUUGCUGUUGAUAAAUUACAGGGUCAAAGUGACUACAGUUCGCGAAAUACUCGCCGAGGGAGGAGGUUUGGUCGUAUUUCUGGACGAAGGCUAUUGAUUUGGGUGUUUUCUCUUGCAGUGCUGUUUUUCAUUUAUCUGUCUGUUUUCGGCAUCCACAUGCUACAUGUGGAUUCGAAAGGGGGACCCUCGUCUUUGAGUGAAGUAAAAGGUUCUUUCACACAUGUUAUUGUCAGGGAAGAGCAAGAUAAAUCAGCUGGUGAUGAUGUCUCGAAGCAACCAAGGAAACCCCAUAGGGCACGGUAUUUUCCUUGUGAGGUAUCAUUUUUAGAUUCAGUUAAUUAUUUGAUUGAGCCCAAGGACUCUGCGAACAUCACCCAAUUCUCAGUGCAUUAUGUUGAAAGAGAGGAGAGACCUUUACAUGAUGCAUCAUUAAAACCCAGAUUUGGUGGUCAUCAAACCCUUCGAGAGAGAGAGGAGUCUUUCUAUGCUAGAAAUCAGACAAUGCAUUGUGGUUUUAUUAAGGGACCGGUAGGAUUUCAAAGCACUGGAUUUGAUUUGGAUGAGGAGGAUAAAAAGUAUAUGAGUAGCUGUAGUGUAGCUGUUUCAUCAUGCAUAUUUGGAAGCUCCGAUUUCUUGCGAAGGCCAACCAGCAAACUGAUCAGUGAUUAUUCCAAGAGAAAUGUUUGUUUUGUCAUGUUUGUUGAUGAGCAAACUCUAUCCAAACUCUCUGCAGAGGGAAAUGUUCCAGAUGACAGAGGAUAUAUAGGAUUGUGGAAAAUUGUAGUUGUGAGAAACUUGCCAUACAAGGAUAUGCGGAAAACUGGAAAGGUGCCAAAGUUUUUGUCACAUCGCCUUUUCCCUUCAUCUAGAUAUUCCAUAUGGCUUGACAGCAAGUUGCGACUUGUGGCUGAUCCUAUGUUGAUCAUUGAAUACUUUUUGUGGCGAACUGGUUCGGAAUAUGCAAUAUCCAAUCACUAUACUCGACACUGUGUAUGGGAGGAGGUACUCCAAAAUAAGCGUCUAAAUAAGUACAAUCCCACUGCAAUUGAUGAACAGUUCAAUUACUAUCGGUCCGAUGGUCUAGUCAAGUUUGACCAAUCAGAUCCCAACAUCCCUCUUCCAAGCUAUGUACCAGAAGGUUCUUUUAUUGUAAGAGCCCAUACACCAAUGUCAAAUUUAUUCUCUUGCCUUUGGUUCAAUGAAGUUGACCGCUUUACAUCACGAGACCAAUUAAGCUUUGGUUAUACUUAUUUGAAACUUAAGAGAAUGAAUCCAGAUAGACCUUUCCGCUUAUACAUGUUUAAGGACUGUGAGCGCAGGUCACUGGUAAAGUUGUUUCACCAUAGAGAACUCUAACCUCCCCCUGUUCAUUGAAAGGUCUGUACAUAUGGUGCUCUUCUGCCGUGAGGUUUUUAAAUCAACAAAAUACUGCAGUGGAAAUGUCUUUGGUCAGAAAUUCGGCCUAAUUUCAUAUCCCCUUGGCCAUUCAUCAUCACCCAUCUUCUGAGGGGCUGUUUGACUAAAUGUGUUCUGCAGGUUGUCUGCUCAGUUACACGGCGUUUGGCAUGCAGAAUAGCCUGGAUUUGAAUGUUUUGAAUCAUUUUGAUCUCUCAUCUAAGCACAUAUACAACCUCAAGUUUUGGUACUUCUUGUAGGCUUAGCACAAUCUCCAGAUUUCUCAAUUGAGUUUUGGUAAAUAUGAUUCAGCUUUGAUGGUUUGGUCUCUUACUGGAAAAGUUUCAGUAAUUGACUCUUUCCUUGUACAUGGAUAUUACUCUACAUUUACUAGAGCAGUAGCAACAUUAAAGAUCAUUACUCCAGGUGCUGGCAAUCUUGGAAUACUAUUACUGGAAAUAGUUCAAUGAGGCAACCGAUGAAGCAGCUACAAGUUUGUUA